AUGAGCGCGGCCGGGGAUGGCGGCGCCGCCGCGGAGCGCGAGGCCUUCGUGGGCUUCUUCCCGCAGGUCGUGCGCGACCUGACGGCCGAGCGGGGCCACGCGGAGGUGGGCGACGCCGUGGCGCGUCUCGAGGAGGUGCUGCGGUACAACGCGCCGGGCGGCAAGAACAACCGCGGGCUCGCGCUGCUCGCCGCCUUCCGGCAGCUGGCGGGGCCCGAGCGCUGCGACGGCGAGAGCCUGCGCUGCGCCAUGGCCGUGGGCUGGUGCGUGGAGCUGCUCCAGGCGUUUUUCCUGGUGGCCGACGACAUCAUGGACUCGUCACUGACGCGCCGGGGGCAGCUCUGCUGGUACAAGAAGGAGGGCAUCGGCCUGGACGCCGUCAACGACGCCUUCCUGCUGGAGUCGGCCGUGUACAGGCUGCUCAAGAAGUACUGCGGGCAGCGGCCCUACUACCCGCACCUGCUGGAGCUCUUCUUGCAGACCGCCUACCAGACGGAGCUCGGGCAGGCCCUGGACCUCAUCACGGCUCCUGUCGGCCAGGUGGAUCUGAGCCGCUUCAGCGAGCAGAGGUACAAGGCCAUCGUGAAGUACAAGACGGCCUUCUACUCCUUCUACCUGCCCGUGGCCGCUGCCAUGUACAUGGCGGGUAUUGACAGUGAGGAGGAACACGCCAGCGCCAAGGCCAUCCUGCUGGAGAUGGGCGAGUUCUUCCAGGUGCAGGACGACUACCUGGACUGCUUUGGGGACCCCGAGGUGACGGGCAAGGUGGGCACCGACAUCCAGGACAACAAGUGCAGCUGGCUGGUGGUGGAGUGUCUGCGGCGGGUGACGCCGGAGCAGCGGCGGGUCCUGGAGGAGAACUACGGGCGCAAGGAGCCCGAGAAGGUGGCCAAGGUGAAGGAGCUGUACGAGAGCGUGGGGCUGCGGGCCGCCUUCCAGGAGUACGAGGAGCGCAGCUACGCACGGCUGCAGGCGCUGGUGGCGCAGCACGCGCAGCGCCUGCCCCCCGACAUCUUCCUGGGCCUCGCGCGCAAGAUCUACAAGCGCCAGAAGUGACGGCGCCCGUGGGSGCUCCCCCGAUAGGACUGUGGGCACAGGAGAGGCUGGGGGCGCCCCCGGGCUCUCCCUCCUGGGGACAGUGACAAAGGGCUGGCCCCGUGACAAAGGGCCCGUGGCUCCCGCUGCAGGUGGAGCCAGCUAGGGGGGUGUCAGGAGCCUUGGUCAGGGCUCUGGAUCUUAAUAAAGAUAAUUUAUU